CUUUUUGUUUCUUUGUAGGCAUUUUUGAAGGCAUGGGGCCAAGCAUGUCAAAACAAUGGAGGAGGCACAGUCCUUAUUCCAAUAGGAACUUUUUUGUUGAAUACAUUAACAUUUAAUGGGCCAUGCAAAGGCCCAAUGUUUUUUAACAUUAACGGACUUUUAAAAGCUCCUUUGGGGAAAGUCAAAGAUGAUUAUUGGAUAUUAUUUGAACAUAUUGAUGGGCUGACUAUUAAUGGACAAGGUUCGUUAGAUGGUCAAGGCCCAUCUGCAUGGUCCAUGUAUAAUGAUAACGGCCCAAAUCCUCCUUCGGUAAAAAAAAUAAUAUCGAUAAAAUUCAACAGCAUAAGCAAUGGUUUUCUACAAGGCAUAACAUCAAUCAACAGCAAGUUCUUCCACUUCCAAAUUAAUAAAAGCCAAGGAGUUCAUUUUCAGAACAUGACCAUAAUAGCGCCAGGCGAAAGCCCAAAUACUGACGGGAUUCAUAUAGGCGGCUCCAACGAUAUAAUUAUUAACAAAGUAAAUAUUUCAACAGGAGAUGAUUGUGUUUCAAUUGGGCCUGGUACUUCUAAUGUUCAUAUUUCUGAGGUUAAUUGUGGGCCUGGACAUGGCAUUAGCAUUGGAAGUUUAGGAAAAUACCAAAAUGAAGGUGAUGUGAAUGGAGUUAUUGUGACAAAUUGUAAUAUUGGGAAAACUCAAAAUGGUCUAAGGAUAAAGAGUUGGGCACCUUCACCUCCUAGCAAAGUUUUCAAUGUCACUUUUGUUGAUAUUAAUGUGAAUUAUGUUGAAAAUCCUAUCAUCAUUGAUCAACACUAUUGUCCUCACUCUUCUUGUAAAAGUCAGGGCGAAUCACAAGUGCAGAUUUCAGAUGUAAAAUUCAUAAAUGUAAAAGGAACUUCAGCAUCAAAAGAGGCAGUAGUGUUUGAUUGUAGCAAAAGUGUACCAUGUCAAGGGAUUGAGCUAAGGGGUUUGCAAUUAACUUUGGAUGGCCAACAGAGUACAUCUGCAACUUGUGAAAAUGCAAAUAUGAAAUUUAAUGGACCACAAAUUCCUUCUCAAUGUAGUUGA